GCGAGAAAGACUGACUGAAUACUUUUUCCAUAAUGAGAGGGCGAGUGAAAUCGAGAGGGCUUCACAUUAUGCCCUCCUUAUCGAGACGGAAAAAGUCCUAGCAUUUAAAGUUAGUUGUUUUAGAUGUUUCUGUUGAACUCAUUACAUAAUAAAUCGGUAACAUCCGAGCGGCACCGACCGGUACCGACUGACACUCAACGUCUGACGGGAAACCAUUGACAUAUUCUUCUUCAAUUCGCUGUGAACUUUGAUUAAUAUUCAAGACAUUUGAUCGAAACCUCUCAGUCUAUCCAAUCUAGAAUAGUAACACAUUGUUGACUUGGAUUGAAACAAUGAGUCAAGUCUGAAAGAAAUAGGCUAAAUCUAAACGAAAAAGUGAAUUGUGACUCGCGUGAACAUGCGAGGGACAGAUGUGUCAACAAUAGCGCGCGGAUCUGUGUCGUGUUUUCACCCGAUAUCUGCAUUUUUUGACCCAGCUAAUGGUUCCUUGAAAGUCAAUCAGCUGGAGCAACAAAGUUAAACGAACAACCCCUAGACCGCAACUUGCAAAACCAGCUAAGCGCGACCAUGACAACUGCCACGCCCCCCUCCUCACACAGCCCCUCCCCACAGAAGGUGUGCCACUCCCAGACGCAGACGGACGUGCUGAAGCCGCUACUCGGGGCUAGCGCAGGGGGAGCAGGCGGCGGGGGUAUGAGUCCCGCCGCGCUGAGGCGGCGUCGCCGUGUCCUCUCCAAGGACGGCCGCAGCAAUGUGCGCAUCGAGCACGUAAGUGGCCGCAGCGCUCUCUACCUGCGCGACCUCUGGACGACCUUCCUGGACAUGCAGUGGCGCUACAAGCUCUUCCUGUUCUCCGCCACCUUCGCCGGCACCUGGUUCCUGUUCGGGCUGCUGUGGUACCUGGUGGCGCUGGUGCACGGGGAUCUGCUGGAGUUCGACCCCCCCUCGAACCACACACCCUGCGUGAUGCAGGUCCAGACACUGACCGGGGCGUUCCUCUUCUCGCUGGAGUCGCAGACCACCAUCGGCUACGGCUUCCGCUGCAUCACAGAGGAGUGCCCGGCCGCCAUCAUCCUCCUCAUCUUGCAGCUCGUCAUCACCAUGGUGAUGGAGAUCUUCAUCACCGGCACCUUCCUCGCCAAGGUGGCUCGGCCAAAGAAGCGGGGCGAAACGGUAAAAUUCAGCCAGCAUGCUGUGGUGGCCAAUCAUGAGGGACGGCCCUGCCUCAUGAUCCGUGUGGCCAACAUGCGCAAGAGCCUGCUGCUGGGCUGCCAGGUGACUGGCAAGCUGCUCCAGACCUCCCUGACCAAGGAGGGGGAGACGGUGCGUCUGGACCAGAGGAACGUGGCUUUCAAGGUGGACACGUCCAGCGACAGCCCCUUCCUCAUCCUCCCUCUCACCUUCUACCACAUCAUCGAUGACAGCAGCCCACUCAGGGCCUGGGCUGCCAAAGGCGGCGGCUGGACGGACCCCGAGCUCGCCGACUUCGAGCUGCUGGUGAUCCUGAGCGCCACGGUGGAGCCCACGUCGGCCACCUGCCAGGUGCGCACCUCCUACCUGCCCGACGAGAUCCUGUGGGGCUACGAGUUCCCGCCCGUCGUCUCCCUCUCGCCCUCGGGCAAGUACGUCGCCGACUUCGCCUUCUUCGACAAGGUGGCCAAGACCAAGGCGCCGCCCGUCUUCAAACAGGCCCCGCCGCCGCCGCCGGCGCCACAGUCCAGCCCUCGGUCGCCGCGCCACAGCAGCACUGGCCUCGGGAGGACGGGGGUGGACGAGGGGGGUGACCCGGAGAAGAUGCGCCUGGAGGAGAGCUACCGGGAGGACAGGGAGCGGGGGAGGGAGAGGAGUGGACGAGUGCGAGACAGCAGUCCUCUCAACGUUCGCAUCAGCAAUGUGUAGAGAGAGAGAGAGAGAGAGAGAAAGAGAGAGAGAGACAGAGAGAGAGAGAGAGAGAAAGAGACUAAGGCCCCAUUCAGACCGCAAACGUGGCAGCUGCGUGUCAGCUGCGUGACCUGUCCGUUUUCAUUUCGCUGCCCAUGUUAACAGGUUAGAGCGUGCACGCUGCCUGCGUGACACGCCACGUCUCAGGCGCAGCUCGAGCCACGCUGAAAACGUGUGUGUGCCAGAAAUGUUUUCCACGCGACAUACGAGCGUGUCGGAAGCGUUUCCAUUCUAAAGAGACAGUGAAGAGAUGUUGUAAUAGGCAACAUGGCUGCAGCAGCCCCGCAUCAGAGACGUUUCUGGUAUGAAUGCACAUAUAAAACACGACGCAGCAGCCAUGGAACAAACACGCAACGCACACGCCACGUCGGCAGUCUGAAUAAGCCCUAAGAGGUACACUGUAGCAUGAGAGAAACGAGAGUCCAAAGGCGGAAAAAAGAGAAGGUGGUUGGGUGUCUUUCGAUGAGAUGACUAAAACUGAAUAUAAAAACAUCUACAGUAGUCUCAGGAUGAAGGGUGAGAGAGAAAGAGUGAUAAAUAGUGAAAGAAAAAAAGUGAGAGAAAGAGGGACUUACAGAGUGAAUGAAAGAGUGGAAAAAGCGUGGGUGAACUUAGACAUAAACAAGAAGCGAAUCAAAGGUUACAUGUACUUUGUCAUUAAAGUUCAGCUGCUUUAUAUAACACUCACAGGUACACAUAUGUAGACAUAUACUGGCACACACACACACAGACACACACACAUACAAUACACAACCCUUUGCAUUUACACAUUGACGGGAUAUGAAUGAAUCUAUGGUCACUCACUGGAAGCUGUGGAGAUUGUCACGGAAUCUUUGCCAGAGCGAGUUGGCUUCUGAAGGACUCCGAUCUUGUAAAUGUUUCAGAAUUUAUCUGUAUUUUUGUCUACUCUCACAAGAAAUAUGUAAUUCUGUGGGGACUGAAAAUGCCAGUUUGUGGCUUGUCGACUGAUCAAUUUGGAUAUGAAUAUGACAAAAAAAAACAAGAAAAAUCAGUUGUUAACCACUGUAGACUGUAGCCGAUGACUUUUGCAAAGGUACUCUACGUGUUGUGUACAUCUGGCACUGAAAUACUGGAGCCUGGUUGUUACUGUAAGCCUCAUAUCUUGAAGGAUCUGUGUCGGAAUCUAUGUGUUAUACUGUAUAUCUUUAUUUGUAUCUAACAGUGCCAGUUGAAAGAGUUCUCACCCGUGUGUAGAUAUAGUUCUUCUACUUCUAGGCUAGGCCUGCUUAUAGUGGGAACUGGGUUGACUGGGUGGGAUUUUGUUGUAUGUUAACAGUACUAAAAGCACUUUAACUCAUUGAAGAAAGGGAACUUUAACAUGCAUUAUGUGUGAGGUGGGACUAACCUGCUGUGGCAUAGCUGCCUUCUCUCUCCCUUUGUGUGUGAUUGUGUGUGCGUGUGUGUGUGUGUGUGUGUGUGUGUGUGUGUGCGUGUGUGUAUUGUGUGAAUGUGUUUGCUUACUGUAAGAGUGCCUAUUUGUUUGUUUGUACACGGAUGGUUGUUUGUAUGUAGGUAUGACCACCCUCCCUCCUGAGUAAAACGGCACAAUAAAUAAAUAUAGUACAUUCUCACUUUUUAUUCUGACUGACUGAGGAACUGUACCACCCUCAUAGAAACCAGGGUUCUGCAAAAUUCAGAAUUUAAUUGAGAAUAAGUCCAAUUCUUGAAUUUGAAUUGAGGUCAAAAAUAGGAUCUGGAAUUACAAUUUGAAUGUGAAUUAAAGGAAGUAGAAUUGCAAUUCAAUGAGAUUCAAAGAAAUGCAUAUGCAUGAUUUAAGUGUAGUGUUUAACAAUGAAGGAUUACAGUCCAAAUAAAGUAAUUCAAACUACAUUUAUAAUGGGUAACAGUAACCAAUUACAUUUCCAAGGUAAGCUUCCCAACACUGAAUGUAUGUGAGAUUCAACACAUUCUUUCUGUUAUGUGACUAUGUGGAAUUUCUUUGAAUUGCCAUGAAUUGAAUUCCACUUCCUGUCAUUCCAAUUCCAAUUCCAACUCAAAUCCAACUUCCUGUUGGGCGGAGCCAAUUCAAUUCAAAUUCAAUUCUUAAAUUCUGAAUUUUGCGCAAGCCUGAUAAAAACAUGUGUUAAGGGUAUCCCUGGAUCAAUACAGUAGACUGAGUGCAGACUUGUGUUCCAUAAACGCUGUGUCAAAUUCAGAAAAUGGUUCCUCACUGUCCUACAAUCUCUACAACCAUCAUAGCGUUGACAAGACACGGAAUUCAAAAGUCUUGACAAAAUAUUCCAUCAGCCAUGUUAUGACUGAACUUAUGACUAAAGUUAAGUAUAAUAAAGUAAAAUAUAGUUCAUAUUCCCAAAUGCCUAACUGCAUAACCUCCGUACAGGUACAGGCUGCCACCAUUCUUCCUGCCAGUUUACAACUCAAAAUCAUAAUUUUAUUUUUUUAACAUUUUUUGACAAAAGAAAUGUAUGUUUGUAAUGGUACAUGUGAUGAAUAUAUGUGAAUAUGAUUUGGCAAAGUGUUAAUUUUGUGGGCUUGGUGAACUGGUCUGAGAUGAAAUGUUUUGCUUCAUGUAACAGUAUGGUAAUAUAUGAGAUGAAAUGUUUUGCUUCAUGUAAGAGUAUGGAAUUGUAUGUGAUGUUAUCCCGUAGAGUUCCCUUUAAAAAACAACUGGAAUUACAUUUUUUUUUUUCUUAACAGCUAAUUAUAUCAAGUGCCUAUUUUGGAAAUAAACUGUU